AUGAAAAGAGAAAGAAAAAAAGUUCAAGAGCUGAGAGCCAACAAGAUAAUGCUCAUUCCGCUCAUUCUGACUUUGUCUGUAGUGUGUUCAAAGGAAUGGAUUGGAGUAGAAGAGAAGUGUUUCUACUUUUCUAAAGAUACCAGAAACUGGACAUCCAGUAAAAGUUUUUGCAGCUCACAUGGAUCGGAACUUGCUCAUCUUGACACGAAAGAGGAGUUGGAAUUUUUGAAGAAGUUUGCGGGACCUGUUAGGUAUUGGAUUGGACUGAGCAGAAAACACAGAGAGUACUGGAAAUGGACAGAUGGCAUCACAUUCAAUGACUUGUUUGAAAUUAAUGGAAGUGGAUUCUUUACUUUUCUGAAUACUGAUGGAGUCCAAAGCUCUAGGGGACUUGUUGAUAUCAAGUGGGUUUGCAGCAAACCUAGAUUUUUAACAGUGCAAAAAUAA